CCCGAGACUGGAUUGGGCUGCGGACCUUCAGAGUUAAGCCCAAACUGUGAUAAAUGGAUUACAAUGAGACGACAUCGUUUAGUCCACCGAGUCUUAUCGUAAAAGACUACAUGUCAUUUAUAGUAGCAGAAGACAGCACGCAGUUGUUUCAGUUAAACUCGUUCAUUCAGGCGGUAAAUUAGAUUUCUUAUUUUUUUCAUUCAAACAAGACUUUACUGAUGCUUCUGAACCAGCGACAAAGCCUUGUCACAAUCUUGCGUGUCUGCACAAAGAAUGGACUUUCUGAUCAAGGCCGUCAAGUUCACUGCUUUCUUCUCAAGUUGGGAUCGUGCUUAGAUCUGUUCACGAGCAAUUAUCUUAUAGAUAUGUAUAGCAAAUGCAGAGAACCCGUCACCGCUCACAAGGUGUUCGACAAAAUGCCUGAGAGAAACGUUGUUUCAUGGACGGCUCUCAUGAGCGGACACGUACUCAACGGUGAACUCAACGGAUCAUUAUCUCUCUUCAGCAAGAUGGUGCGUCACGGUGUUAGCCCUAACGAGUUCACUCUCUCGACGAAUCUCAAAGCUUGUGGCUUGCUUAACGCACUUGAAAAGGGAUUGCAGAUACAUGGGUUUUGUUUGAAGAUGGGGUUUGAAACCAUGGUUGAGGUUGGGAACUCUUUGGUUGACAUGUACUCAAAAUGUGGAGGGAUCAAUGAAGCUGAGAGAGUGUUUGGUUCGAUGGUUGAUACUAGUUUGAUAACGUGGAAUGCUAUGAUAGCUGGGUAUGUACAUUCAGGGUAUGGUGGUAGAGCUUUGGAUACGUUUAGGAUGAUGCGAGAAAGACCGGACAAGUUCACUUUGACUAGCUUGUUAAAGGCUUGCAGUAGCAUUGGUAUGAUUCACGGAGGUAAACAGAUUCAUGGGUUUUUGAUCAGGAGUGGGUUUCCUUGUUCAAGCUCAGCAACGAUAACAGGUUCUAUUGUUGAUUUAUAUGUCAAGUGUGGUGAUCUCUUUGGUGCUCGGAAAGCUUUUGAUCAGAUCAAGGAGAAGACAAUGAUCUCAUGGAGCUCACUGAUUCUUGGAUAUGCUCAAGAGGGUGACUUCGUGGAGGCGAUGAGUUUGUUUAGGCAGCUAAGGGAGCUAACCUCUCGGGUAGACAGUUUUGUUCUCUCUGGGAUCAUUGGCGUCUUUGCUGACUUUGCCCUAUUGCGGCAAGGGCAACAAAUGCAAGCGCUUGCUGUUAAACUCCCAUCUGGGUUAGAAACAUCUGUUUCAAACUCGGUGGUGGACAUGUACCUCAAGUGUGGGUUAGUUGACGAGGCUGAGAAAUUUUUUGACGAAAUGCAGUCGAGAGAUGUGAUCUCCUGGACGGUGAUGAUCACUGGCUACGGGAAGCAUGGGCUUGGGAAGAAAGCAGUUAGUGUUUUUAAACAAAUGUUGAGAUACAACAUUGAGCCUGACGAUGUAUGCUACUUAGCUGUACUCUCAGCUUGUAGCCACUCUGGUUUGAUCAAAGAAGGAGAAGAACUUUUCUCGAACUUACUAGAGACGCCUGGGAUCAAACCUAGAGUAGAGCACUACGCGUGCGUUGUUGAUCUAUUAGGACGAGCUGGUCGUUUGAAGGAAGGUAAACAUCUCAUUGACUCAAUGCCUGUGAAACCGAACGUUGGAAUAUGGCAAACACUUCUUAGCGGAUGUAGACUACACGGAGACAUCGAGCUAGGGAAAGAAGUGAGUGAGAUUCUUUUGAGGAUCGAUGGAAACAAUCCUGCGAAUUACGUGAUGGUGUCUAAUCUCUAUGGACAAGCUGGUUACUGGCAGGAGCAUGGGAAGGCAAGAGAGGUUGGGAAGACGAGAGGGUUGAAGAAAGAAGCCGGUAUGAGCUGGGUUGAGAUUGAGAGAGAGGUUUAUUUCUUCCGUAGCGGAGAGGAUUCGCAUCCCCUAACGCCAAGGAUUCAGGAGGCUUUGAGAGAAGUUGAAAGAAGAAUGAGGGAAGAGUUGGGAUAUGUUUAUGGUUUGAAACAAGAGAUGCAUGAUAUAGACGAUGAGUCCAAGGAGGAGAACUUAAGAGCUCACAGUGAGAAGCUAGCGAUUGGUCUGGCGUUGGCGUCAGGGGGGUUGAACCAGGAAGCAAAGACGAUAAGAGUGUUUAAGAACUUGAGGGUAUGCGUAGAUUGUCAUGAGUUCAUCAAGGGGUUGUCUAAGAUAAUGAAGAUAAAGUUUGUUGUGAGAGAUGCUGUUCGGUUUCAUAGUUUUGAAAAUGGUUGUUGUUCCUGUGGAGAUUACUGGUGACUCUUAAGGUUUGAUUACUUCUGCUAAGCAUUGAACUGGGUUUCAUGCUAAUGUCCGAAACUCUAGAGCUACUCAGAAGAGAAAAGAAUGCUUACAAACACACCUCAGAAGGGCAUCUUAGGGUUGCUCCAUGGAAGACUGAGAUUCAUAGAGGUCAGAUGAAGAUAUAUGUCAGAUCACCUUGCUUGAUUUAACACUAAUGUGACUUGUGAGUAUAGCUUAGCUGUGUUGUGUGAUUUGAAUUUGGUCAUCACAUAUUUGUGAGUAGAUUUAUUUUAGAAUCUCGUCGGUCCGUUUACUUCAUCUGCAAGUCUGUGGAUGUUCGAAUGGAUUGGUAUUGUUCUUUGGUUAGUAUCAUUUUGAUUACUCAGUAUGAUACUAAUGUACUUACUUUUUGUGCCCAUAGAAUGUUGUUCUAAUAUCUUAAUCUGUCUUGAGAUAUCUCAAUUAUCACAACAGCUAGGAGCAAUUUCUCAGGAGUAUCUCAACCAUGCAUAUUCAAGUCAAUGUUUUAAAUAAAAAAGCUUUUGAGUAACAAAACAAGCAGUGAAGACAAUGUGAUAGAAAACACAGUAACAUUAUGGUGAAUAGGGAUUAUAUUGCAUUAUUUCCUCCUCUCUCCUCUCUCCUCAACUCUCUCAAGCGCGACUUCAGAUCUGAUACAUUCACCAGCGUCCGGCGGCGAAUGUGAGCGCGUGCCGGUGCCGGUGCCGUGUGUCUUGCCGUCAAGGUUUCCGCGCGUGAGGUUCUCUUCUGCGGUGGAGACUCAACUAGUCCUGGUGUCGUGACGCGGUUUAAGCCGGCGGAGUUGGCUUUUCUAGGCUGAGAGAGAGUAGAUCGUGUGUCCUCUUUUAGAUCUCUCUCUCUCGUGACCUCUGAGUCCAAGGUUCUGCGGAAGGUGCGUUGCAUUGAUUUUGCGGUGUUGUGGUGCUGCUCUUGUCCUAUAGUGACGUGCGGCUUCAACAGUUGGUGCAGCGAGUCUCAACGGCGUCGUUAGGGCUCUUCUCCUCUUUGUUGAAGUCAAAGGUUGCUUCAGGUUAGUCGGAGAUGGGUCGCGGGUGUGGUGUGCAGUCGGGGAUGACACUGCUUCCGGGUCCGACUCAUGUAGGCGUACUGAGUUGGUUGUUUAACUAGUCGUCUAUGGCUGGUUAAAUUCCACUUUGUAAGCCUUUCCGAUUCAUCACCUUGUCAUUGAUUUGAGUUCUCCGGUGGAUAGCGGCAACUUCUUCAUCGUAGUUCGGGCUCUCGAGUGUGCGUUUAUUUGGCUCACUGUUGACUCCGGUGAUCCGUUUGCAAGUCACAAUCACGUCUCUUUGGUUCUCGAAGGCGACAAGAGAGGUCCCUACCUUGGUCUCGGUCGUGGCGGAGUCGCUCUUGUGUCUUGCUACCAUCUCAGUGCUGGUGACGAGUCACUUGAUUCCUCAUUAGUAGUGUAGCUUGGCUGUUUGUGCAGGUCGUUAGAGCCCUCUCAGUUGGUAUUUGGCUUAGAGGUCAGUCCUGUUUGGUGUACAAGUUUGUUGGCGGCAGUAGCAAGCUCUCUGCUUGGUUGGGAGGCGGUUUCAAACGCUGUGUACAAACUGAGCCUUGGUGGCGUCUGCAAGGCUUCAUGGUAAGUAUCCGAAACACUCCCCUAUUCGUCGUCUAGUGCUUCAUGGAUAGUGACUGUUAUAAGCUCGAUGGAGUUCAUUGGAAGCUAGCUACUCUGAAGACGACUCGGGAACUCCCGGCAUCCGAGGCAACAAGGAGAACCUCAGAUUCUCGGGAUCCUCGUCAUUGGUAGAGAACGUAACCAAUUCUAAAGAAUUUCAGAAAACGAACUAGUGGAAUGUGCCGGGUUUAGUGGGCAGGCGAAGCUAGUUUGUAAUAGUUUUGACUUUGGAAAUUUUGUUCAAAACCUCUGUUUGUAACCGAAACUAAAUUCCCGAUUUUCGGGUUGAAUUAAUAUAUUUUAUAUUAAAAAAAACA